AUGUCUAACACAUGUUAUGGAAAAAUUACAAGAAGAGAAAAUAGAAGUCAGUUUCAAAGAUCUGUAUUACAGGUACUGCCUCAGUUUGUAAGACAUGAAUCUGAAGUAGUGAGCAGCUUGAUUCUCACAGGAUCUCUGAAUCGUGUGCAGUUACUUGGACGAGUGGGUCAGGACCCUGUCAUGGGACAGGCGGAAGGAAAAGACCCAGUGAUAAUAUUUUCUCCAGUGACCAAUGAGAUGUGGCGAUCAAGGGAAAGUGAAGCUCACCUAAUGGGUGAUGUCAGUCAAAAGACAACAUGGCACAGAAUUUCAGUAUUCCAGCCAGGCCUCAGAGAUGUGGCAUAUGUGAGAAAGGGGUCUCAGAUUGAUGUGGAGGGGAAAGUAGACUAUGGAGAACACAAGGAUAAAAAUAAUGUGAGGCGACAAGCGACAACACUCGGAGGUGAUAACAUAUUUCUGAGUGACCAGACACAAAAGAGAUGGCAUAAAGUGGACGAUUCUUCUUUGCCCAUUGUUUGGUCAUUGGACAUACUUUGCAGGAUGGAGUGUCCUCUCUACCCUGGUAUUGAUACAUCUUUCUUCCAGAGCAAAAACUCACAUCAGUGUCUUCAGAGUUGGGAGCCUCCACUAUAA